CGUAGAAGUCGAAUCAGUCGCGAUCGUGGCUUUAAUCGACACUCAAGUCCCACCGGGAUCAAACAAGUGCAACGCGACGCCCGUAGCUACACGUGGGGAGUGCAAUUCAUUAAAGAAAGACUGUUGAUUAAUGUGUAUUGUGAGUAAAUAAAAAAUGAUAAAAGUGCGGUUUGGAGUGGUACUAUUGUUUGUGAUCGGUACUUUCGCAAAAGAGCCGAGCAGGUCAACGAGACCGAAUAUCGUUGUGAUAGUGACAGAUGAUCUGGGUUGGAAUGACGUCAGCUUCCAUGGAUCAUCCCAAAUUCCUACCCCAAAUAUCGAUGCUCUGGCUUAUAAUGGUGUCAUUCUGAAUCGACACUAUACACCUCCGCUGUGUACUCCUUCAAGGGCAUCGCUGAUGACCGGGAGACAUCCGAUCAAUCUUGGAAUGCAGCAGCACGUCAUCGAAUCGAACCAACCGUGGGGAUUGGGGUUGGACCAGAAACUGAUGCCGGAGUACUUCCGGGAGGCAGGCUAUCGGACACGUUUGGUUGGAAAAUGGCAUCUUGGAUUCUUCGAAAAGGCAUACACUCCUACAAAACGUGGAUUCGACAGCCAUUACGGCUACAUUGGACCGUACAUUGAUUAUUGGGAUCACAGUUUGCAAAUGAGUAAUACCUCGACCCGUGGAUUGGAUAUGCGUCGAAAUAUGGAAGUUGAUUACUCAGUUAAUGGAAGCUAUGCGACGGAUUUGUUCAACGGCGAAGCAGUGCGGCUGAUUCGAGAGCACGAUCAGAAGAAGCCGCUGCUCUUGGUGCUGACACAUUUGGCGCCGCACACGGGCAACGAAGAUGAUCCCAUGCAAGCUCCCGCGGAGGAAGUGGACAAGUUUGACUACAUCAGGGACAAGAAGCGGCGCGUGCUGGCCGCAAUGAUCUCCAAGGUCGACGAAGGAGUUGGCCAAAUAAUGCAAACCCUCACGGAGCGGAACAUGCUGGACAACUCGAUCGUCCUGUUCUACGCCGACAACGGUGCCCCGACCGUCGGAAUCCACUCCAAUUCGGGUUCGAACUGUCCGCUGCGAGGGCAAAAAUACAGCCCUUGGGAGGGAGCCGUCCGAACGGUAGCCGCCAUCUGGAGUCCACUGCUGAACAUCACCGCCGGCCGAGUUUCAAACCAGUGGAUCCACGUGAGUGAUUGGUUACCGACGUUGGCGCAUGCUGCCGGUAUCGAGGGCAUUCCGAUAGGCAGUGAAAUCGAUGGACGCAAUCAGUGGGAAGCGCUGAGGAAUCCGAACAUUACCGUGAGGAAUGUGGUGAUGAAUAACAUUGAUGAGCUAUUCCACUAUAGUAGCUACAGUCGGGACGGAUGGAAGUACGUAAACGGUACUUCCUGGGAGGGAAAGUUUGAUCACUGGCUUGGUGAGUUGGGCGAUGAGGAUGAGUUGAGCGAGGAAGAGUAUGUGGUGAGGCUAGCGGGAUCGAUAGUUGGAAGGAUGAUGCCACUGGAUUUGGAUCAUAUGGCUCGUCUUCGACGAGCGGCGACCGUCGAGUGCGAAGUUACCGGUCAUGAAAAGUCUUGUGAUCCGAAGAAAUCCGCAUGUUUGUUCAAUCUGCUGGAAGAUCCCUGCGAAAGGAAUAACGUGGCGUCGGAGCAUGCGGAUAUUUUGGAAGAAUUAAGAGAGGAAGUAGAGCGGUAUCGAGUUGCAGCUGCUAAGCCCAGGAACAAACCCGGUGAUCCUCGAGCGGACCCCGGACUCCACAACAAUACCUGGACCUGGUGGCAAGAUGAAUGCGAUAACUGGACAAACAUGUACCAAUUCCCACUGAUAUUAAUCGGAAUUUCCAUUGCCAUAGCAGCGUUCCUUCUGCUGCUUUUCCGACCUUUUUAGAAUUAAAUUUU